UUGGUGCUCUGAGCGUCAGCAAGCGUCCUGGUGAGGCGUCCAGGAGCUCUUUAGCUUGUACGGAGGUGCAAUGGCCCAAAGCCAGGUCUCAGGGCUUAAGAUGUCCGUGCACCCCGACCGCCUGUGGAUCUGGGACAACCACACGUACUUGGACGAGGAAAGGCGCACCUGGGUACCCAUCAUCAUUAAGACAGAGGGCAGACGCCAGGUGGUCAUGCGCCAGGAAGACAUGGCUGUGGGGGAAGCCAUGACACCCUCCCAGCUGACCUCUUUUGAGCUGCCGCUGCUGUGGCAGCUCUACCCCAGGAACAGAUAUCGAACAUCAGACUCCAGUUUCUGGCGCAUAGUGCAUCAUACCAAGUUCAGUGACAGGGAGGACAUGCUCCUUGAACAGUUGCCGGAUCCACACUCUCGGUGA